CUGCUCGAGAUCUCGUACGCUGCAUUCAUAGCUCGCGGCAAGCAUCGCUCCGCGUUGACAAACAAGCUCGUCGGCGUUUAUAUUGGCUUAUUUACCAUCCUACUCGGUGGCUCUAGCUUUGGAUCGUCUACUGAAAGUGCAAAGCCGAGCCUCUACGACGGGACGGCGAAUUCGGUGUCGAUAGCAUCGGGCCGCGUUUCUUACGUGCUUGGCCUGACCGGCCCUUGUUUCCCCGUCGAUUCUGCGUGUUCGGCCUCUCUCGUCGCGGCGCAUCUCGCAACGUGCGAAGAAGCGUGCGUCGCGGCGGGAGGCGUCCUCGAACAAGACAUGUAUGCUGCAUUUUCUGUAGCCGGCAUGCUGUCAAAUCGCGGCCGAUGCCACUCGUUCGAUAGCCGCGCCGAUGGAUACUGCCGCGGCGAAGGCUGCGUCGGAUUUAUUUGUGAUUCUCGAUGUGGGGCCUUUUUGUUAUCCUCCCACUCCAAGAUUUCGGUCCUUGGCACGGCCGUGCAGCAAGACGGCCCGAGCGCGAGCUUGACCGCGCCCAAUGGUUCAUCGCAAAGGCGACUCAUCGAAACAGUUCAAGAUAAUGAUGCCAUUUACCGGGCGCUCGAAGCGCACGGCACUGGCACG